CAGUGAAAAAAAUGUUUUUUUUUAUCUUUUAACGCGUUGUAACAUAUCAAGGUGGUAGUUGUAACGUGUUGUAACGUAUUGUAACUUGUUGUAACGCAUUGUCAGUGAAGAAAAUGUGUUUUUUUUCUUUUAACGCGUUGUAACAUAUCAAGGUGGUAGUUGUAACGUGUUGUAACGUAUUGUAACUUGUUGUAACGUAGUUCUAAAAAAGGUGCACUGAACUACAUUUGUAGGUGUCGAAAAUAGCUUCCCAGAUAGAAAUGUGCGGUUGCGUUUUUAUCAAAAAUGGUACCAAAUUUUGCUCGCCGGUCAGUAUCCCAUGAAAGAAAAGAAAUUGUUGCUGGUAGGUCCUCCUGAUAGUGGAAAGACUAGUUGGUUUGCUCCAUUUCAAGGUAAUUAAAUAAAGUUCGUGAAAACUUCUGACUUUUAGACGGCACUUACUGACAUACAUUUGUCCUUUUAGGCAUUAUUCCAGAAAUGUACAUUGCUGGCGUGGUUCGGGAUGGUCGAUUCUCAGGCCACCUGAUAAAUAGAAAUACACAAGUCGUAUUUAUGGAUGAAUGGACUAGCGACAGUCUAUGUUGUGAAGAUGCAAAAAGAAUAUUGCAAGGUAAGUCGAUGUCGAUGCAGUACAUGAACAUUUACUUUGAAUAAAAUGUGGCAAUGUGCAGAUGGGAUACCACUUUCUCUUAUAGGCGGCUUGGUUAUGAUCCCGCAAAAACACAAAGAACCGGCCCGUUUUCAAUACAAUUCGGGUUUUUUUAUAACAACUAAUAUAAUGCCGGACUUCGGAAAUGGUGUAGAUGGUGAGGCUAUCCUGCGUCGUCUUGAAGUUUUCGAAACUAAGACACUUCGAGUGAAGGACAAUAGCAUAACAAAGUGGAUGAGAAUGCACUGCAUGGAAAUAUUUGUGUACGUUGCCAGCCAGUUGAAAGACAUCUCGCUUUUCACCAGCGAAACCAAUGUUGCGAAGAAAAAUCAAGUAGGCGCUGUGUACAACGACGUUGAUUGCGAUCCGUCGGUCUUCUUGGACGAAGAGCAAACAUUGGAAGCAUCUAGCAGUUGUCUAAGCACACGAGUUCAGAUUGAGAAUGCAGUUCCGCAAGAGGCUAUCGACUAUGCCAUUAUUGCGGCCGACGAUAGGGAUGGCAUUUUGUACCAUGCGCUUAACUUUGAUCAUGAACUGUUUGACAUAGAAAACAAGUUACACAGUGCUGAAUAUAUGCGCAAAAUGUACGAGAUAGCCGCUGGGGCAUGGGAGGAAAUCUGCCCAUUAAUUAAUAACGAUGAGACCUUGGUAGCAUUCAAACGCCGUAAAAGGAUCAACUGGCAGGGUAGUGACACGUUCUACGACACGUGGUUGCUUGCUACAAACUCCUGCCGCGAUUGCUUCCCGACAAAAGAAAUGAAGGAGCUCUACCCUGAUUGGGCACAACUAAUUGAGCAAGACGAAGACGAAGGAGAAGGUAGUAGCCACGACCGCGAAGAGAACGAGGAAGAAGAAGAGGAAACAAACGAAGAGGAGGAAGGUCAUAGGGAAGAAGAAGAAACAGAAGAACAUGAAAUCAAUGCUCAGUCGACAAAACCUGUUUCCACUGUUAAGCAAGAAUAUAUGCCGUUUUGUCCAGCAAAUAACAGUACUGCUUUUAUAGACCUCGUGUCAGAUGAUGAAAGUGUUCCUGAAAUUUCUUCAGUAAAAUUAGAGCUAUUUUCCGCAGAUAAUUCAACCACUUCUCUCGAUUGUGGUGUUAUCUGCAUUAGUUCGGACGAAGAAGACAAUUAAAAAAAAACUUUUUUGCGUUUUCCUUCCCUCAUAUCCCACCACAUACUCCUUUUCUAAAGUGACAUGCGAAAAGCGGUUUUCUCUACAGAAAUAGGUUACAAAGCGUUACAACGUGUUACAAGGCGUUACAAUCAGCACGUCCAUGCGUUACAAGGCGUUACAAGAAUCACUCUAGCCAUUUCCAAAAAUUUCACAGUCAUUUUUUCAUGGAAAUAGGUUACAAAGCGUUACAACGUGUUACAAGGCGUUACAAUCAGCAUGUUCAUGCGUUACAAGGCG